AUGAGUAAUUUUGGAGGCGCUGGACUUGGUCAAAAGGUCAUCAGGCCAAAUCCGCCAGAGCGAGGCUCGUUUCCUCUCGACCACGACGGAGAAUGUAAAGAGAUUAUGCUCUCGUACCUCCGAUGCAUCAAAUCCCACCGCGGGACUAACGAUCCCGAAUGCCGCAACCUCUCCAAAUCAUACCUAUCAUGCCGUAUGGACCGGAAUCUCAUGGCCCCUGAUUCGUUCAGAAACCUAGGCUUCGGUGACGACAGUGACGGCCCCGGCUCGAAAAAGCCCACGACCACCUCGUCCCAAACGUCGCAAAAGUAG